UUCAUUCUUUUUGUUCUCUCUAUUUUGUUGGAUUCUCACACAACACACAACAGUCUAAACUGAGAUACUUUCACACUUGGGUUUAAUGUUCUCAGACUCUCUCUCUCUCUCACACACACACACACACACACCCUAAACAGGAAAUAAAGCGAGAUGUAAAUGAGGUAUGUUAGAGGAAGAGGUUGUGCAUUCUAGAGUGUGACGGAGUGUGUGUCAGUUUUCCUGCAGCAGUGAACACACACACACAUGCACACAAACACACACACAUGAUCUGUGCGCCGCUGUGUGUGUUUAUGUAAUGAUGGACGUCCUGGAGAUCUCCACACGAAACCCUCAGGAUGACUUUGAGAUUCUGCUGCGGGUCGGUGGAGGAACGUAUGGAGAAGUUUAUAAGGCUCGCAGUAAGCAGAAUGGAGAGUUCGCAGCCAUUAAAAUCAUCAAAAUGGAGCCUGAGGAUGAUUUCUCUGUCAUCCAGCAAGAGAUCGUGAUGGUGAAGAGCUGCACACACAGAAACAUCGUGGCCUAUCACGGCAGCUACAUCAGGAUGAAUAAGCUGUGGAUCUGUAUGGAGUACUGCGGUGGAGGGUCUCUACAGGACAUUUACCACGUGACCGGUCCUCUGUCCGAGCAGCAGAUCGCUUACGUCUGUCGAGAGAUGCUGCAGGGUCUCGAUUAUCUUCACGGACAGAAGAAGAUCCACCGAGACAUCAAGGGUGCAAAUAUUCUUCUGAAUGAUCAUGGAGAAGUGAAACUGGCUGACUUUGGCAUCUCGGCACAAAUCACAGCCACGUUUGCCCGUCGAAUGUCUUUCAUUGGGACGCCGUAUUGGAUGGCUCCAGAGGUGGCCGCGGUCGAGAUUAAGGGUGGAUAUAAUGAGCUGUGUGACAUCUGGUCAGUGGGAAUCACAGCGAUUGAGCUCGCAGAACUACAGCCGCCUCUGUUCGAUGUUCAUCCUCUCAGAGUUUUGUUCCUCAUGUCCAAGAGCGGCUAUCAGCCUCCCAAACUCAAGGACAAAUCCAAAUGGUCCAGCACAUUCUACAACUUUGUGAAGUCCAUGCUGGUCAGAAACCCAAAGAAGAGACCCAGCGCUAAUAAGAUGCUGAUGAAUUCGUUCGUGACACAGCCGUCUUUGAGACAAGAGUUAACCCUCGAACUACUGGACAAACUCAGACACCCUGAGAAACUCAAAGAAUGUUUACACACGGAUGACGAUGAUUUGGAG